AUGGUUUUGGCCACCCAGCACACGUUGUCAGGAUUUCGCAAUAAAGUAGAAGAACUUAGAAUACGUGCGCAACAUGUGAGACAAUUAAGAGAGGAGAUAAGACAACACCGUCGGCGAAUAUUAUAUUUGAAUUCAGAACUAUCGCAUCUAAGGCGCAAGGAGGUGGAUGUACAGCACGUUGCGGACCUAAUCACCGGCGUUUAUAUAAAGUGUUUGGAAAAAAUGUGCAAGUCCCUCACAUACAGGGUAAACCAAACCGAUGAACUCCAUAAUUACAAGGAAUGUGUAAAACGUCUCGUUGACCAAUGGCUUGCCGAUACACUCAAGGGGAACAUAGAUAACAUGGAGAAAACGUUCGCUAGGAUGAGAGAUAUACGCAAUCGCAUCGCAGAACUCAACUGA